GUGUUUUGAAAGGUCAUGAUUGAAAACGAGGCUGACCCUCUCCCUCUUUUUUCCUUCCCACGUCUGAAAGAUGACGAAGGGAACAUCAAGCUUCGGUAAGCGGAACCAGAAGACGCACUCUCUGUGCAGACGUUGUGGUAAGAGCUCCUACCACAUCCAGAAGAAGAGAUGCGCCGGCUGUGGAUACCCCAGCAAGAAAAUGCGGAGCUAUAACUGGAGCAUGAAGGCCAAGAGGAGAAAGAUGACAGGGACUGGCAGGAUGCGCCAUCUGAAGCAGGUGCAGCGUAGAUUCGACAAUGGCUUCCGUGAAGGGACUACGCCCAAGCCUCGCAAGAGGGGCGCCGCCGCGGCCGCCGUGUCCAAGUCCUAGAUCACUCCCUGGCCUGGGGAUGGACGGCAGUAGCUGGAACCUACCCGUGACAUCUGUAUUUCCAGUUACUGUACUUCACACUACAGUGGAAUUGAGCAGAAACAUCAGGCAAAAACAGCUCGAUAUGUUUGAAUUCCAUGGAAAUAAAUAGAUCUUCACAUCA